UCUGAACUAUCCCUAUAGGCCCACAUCCAAUCCCUGUCCAGACAUGGUGCCUCAACCUCCACAACAUCUCCAGAAUAUGCCCCUUCCUGACCAAUCACACCGCACCGCACAGCUCCUAAUUCAGUCCCUGGUCACCUCUCACCUCGACUACUGCAACUCCCUCCUCAUUGGCAACCAUUCAGUGUCCUCCACCCCUCUCUGCCAAUCCCUCCAUUCAGUGUCCUCCACCCCUCUCUGCCGAUCCCUCCACUGGCCUCCAUUCAGUGUCCUCCACCCCUCUCUGCCGAUCCCUCCACUGGCCUCCAUUCAGUGUCCUCCACCCCCCUCUGCCAAUCCCUCCACUGGCCUCCACUCAGUGUCCUCCACCCCUCUCUGCCGAUCCCUCCACUGGCCUCCAUUCAGUGUCCUCCACCCCUCUCUGCCGAUCCCUCCCGAGCUUCUCCCAUCUUAUGGAACUCCCUACCCCAAUCUGUCCGGCUGUCUCCUAAUCUAUCCACCUUUAGAUGAUCCAUGAAAACCUCUCUCUUUAAAGAAGUCUAUCCUGCUCCCACCUAGUAAACUGCCAUUUAUUUCCUCCAUCAGCCCCUCCCCCA